UCACAAUCCCAGGAUUUUUUUUUUUUUAAAAGAAAAGAAAUGGCAACAAGAACAGAGAAAUGCCAAUGGUGUGGGGUAAAUCUGCUUCUGCCUCUCCAACUUCAAGCAAAUUCAGUACGCUGUCCUAACUGCCAAUAUAUCAUACAGCUCCAGCACAGCCCCGAUCUCUAUUUCCAUCCUGAAGGGAAUGGAUAUCUCAAUGGGGCAUCAAACAACUGCAUUGGCAUGGGGUUUCCAGCAUAUAGGAAUUGCUGCAAGCAAGAUUUCGAGCCUUCUUGGCUAAAUGGCUAUCCACGUUACAUGCAAUCGUAUCAAAUGCCAAUGCAGGUGCUACCACCCACUUUUCAUGGGCGAAAACGGGCUGUUCUUUGUGGGGUGAGCUACAAGGGGCACCCAAAGAGUCUCAAAGGAAGUGUUAAUGAUGUAUUAUGCAUGAAAUAUUUUCUUGUUGAGAGGAUGGGAUUUCCUAAUUCUUCUGUUAUUGUUCUAACAGAAGAAGAGAAAGAUCCUUUUCGGGUCCCAACCAAGCAUAACAUCCAAAGAGCCUUACACUGGCUUGUGCAAGGUUGUCAAUCAGGGGACUCUUUGGUGUUUCAUUACUCGGGCCAUGGCUCUCGUGUCCGAGACCAUGAUGGGGAUGAGAUCGAUGGACAUGAUGAAUCAUUGUGCCCUGUUGACUAUGAGACUGAGGGGAAGAUCCUGGACGAUGAGAUCAAUGCUACCAUAGUAAGGCCACUGCUCCGGGGUGCAACACUUCAUGCCAUCAUCGACACUUGCUUCAGUGGAACUUUCUUAGAUCUGCCAUUCAUGUGCAGGAUGAACAGGGAAGGAUACUAUCGGUGGGUAGAUCAUAGCAUUCCAUAUGCUGCAUAUAAGGGUACAAGAGGUGGCUUAGCAAUCUCUUUCAGUGCCUGUGAUGAUGAUCAAAAUUCCGGGGACACUACUGUUUUCACAGGCACAGCGACUGGCGCCCUGACUUACAGCUUCAUCCAAACAGUAGAACGUGAACCAAGAUUGACAUAUGGGCGCUUACUUUCUACCAUGCGCAACAGUAUCAGUAAAGCACAAAAUGGAUUUUUAAAUUUCACUAGCUCAUUACAGGAACCUCAACUAUCCUCUUCUGAACAGUUUGAUAUUUAUUCAAAGGCGAUAAUCUUAUAGAUCCAGCUAUGCUUUUAACAGAUAAUCAGGACCAAGUGUACUGGCUUUACUUCCUGAGUCGUAUAACAGCUUCUUCAAGUCUAAAAUGCCCUCCCUUUAACUUUAGCUGAAGCUAUGCACAAAAAAAUCAUAAUACAGGCACUACAUGGUGACUGUCAGUUUGAUAAUUAGUACUUUAUUUGUAUGAGUAAAAGUGCAACGUAUUUCACAUGAAUCCCUGGUGUAAUUUACAUGUCUAAGACACUUAGUUUCCAGCCGUCUCCUAUAGAAUGCUCUUCUUUU